AUGAAUGGCAGUAUGGAUGGCGCACAGACAGUGAAAGAAGAUGGGAAGGUCGCUGAGAAGAGCUCUGAUGAAACUGCCAGCGGCGACAAGGUGGAAAGCACGGAUGACGACGCGAGCACCGGCGCGGCAUCGAAGAACGCGACUUCCGGAGGCCAGAACGUCGCGGCCGAGACCAUGGCAUUUGCAGCCGCAGAUGAUGGCGCCAACGGCAACAUCACUGAAGACAGCUACGCAGCAAUGAACAGCAGCGCCACAACCGAAGAGAAGAAACAGGCGGCUGGAGAAGGAGACCUGCUGCCGAGCGGGCAAGCGGAGUUGCUGAACGAGACGGCGUCGGCGUCGAGCGAGGAGAAGGAGGCGCGCGCAGGCAAGAACAAGAAAACCAAGAAGCAGAAGAGCAAGGAGCACGGCGCCGCUUCCGGCGAGACGGCGUCGGUGGAGGAGGAGACGUACAGCUACACCUGGAUGCUCUGCAACGCGAGCACUGGCGCGGACUACAUCCCGUGCCUGGACAACGAGGCGGCCAUCAAGAAGCUCAAGAGCAACAAGCGCUACGAGCACCGGGAGCGGCACUGCCCCGCCGACGCGCCGUCGUGCCUGGUGCCGCUCCCGGAGGGCUACCGGCAGCCGAUCCCGUGGCCGUACAGCCGCGACAAGAUCUGGUACCACAACGUGCCGCGCACGAUGCUGGCAUCCUACAAGGGGCACCAAAACUGGGUGAAGAUCUCCGGCGAGCACCUGACGUUCCCCGGCGACGGCACGCAGUUCAAGCACGGUGCGCUGCACUACAUCGAGGUGAUCGAGGAGGCUCUCCCGGAAGUGACGUGGGGCCGGCGCAGCCGCGUGGUGCUCGACGUCGGCUGCGGCAUCGCCAGCUUCGGCGGCUUCCUGCUCGACAAGGACGCGCUGACCAUGUCGUUCGCGCCCAAGGAAGAGCACGAGGCGCAGGUGCAGUUCGCGCUGGAGCGCGGCAUCCCGGCCGUCUCCGCCGUCAUGGGCACCAAGCGGCUCCCCUUCCCCGGCAACGCCUUCGAUGUCAUCCACUGCGCCCGGUGCCGGGUGCCGUGGCACAUCGAGGGCGGCACGCUGCUGCUCGAGGUGAACCGCCUCCUCCGGUCCGGUGGCCUCUUCGUGUGGUCGGCGACACCCGUGUACCGGAAGGUCCCGGAGGACGUCGAGAUCUGGCACGCGAUGGCGGCGCUGACCAAGUCCAUGUGCUGGGAGAUGGCGAAGAAGACGAGCGACACGGUGGACCAGACGGCCAUGGUGGUGUUCAAGAAGCCGACGAGCAACGAGUGCUACGACGCGAGGACGCGCGCGGAGGCGCCGCUGUGCGGGGCCUCCGACGACCAGGACGCGGCGUGGAACGUGACCCUGCGGCCGUGCAUGCACCGGGUGCCCACCGACGCGUCCGCCCGCGGCUCGCGGUGGCCGACGCAGUGGCCCAAGCGGCUGGCGACGACUCCCUACUGGCUGAGCGCCGACCAGGUGGGCGUCUACGGCAAGCCCGCGCCCGCCGACUUCGCCGCGGACCAGGAGCACUGGAGGAAGGUGGUGGAGAACUCGUACCUCCACGGCAUGGGCAUCGACUGGAAGAACGUCCGGAACGUCAUGGACAUGAGAGCCGUCAACGGAGGGUUUGCGGCGGCGUUGCGGGACAUGAAGGUGUGGGUGAUGAACGUGGUGACCGUGGACUCGCCGGACAUGCUGCCAAUCAUCUACGAGCGCGGGCUGUUCGGGAUGUACCAUGACUGGUGCGAGUCCUUCAGCACCUACCCGAGGACGUACGACCUCGUCCACGCCGACCACCUCUUCUCCAAGCUGAAGAGCAGGUGCGAGCUGCUGCCGGUGAUCGCCGAGGUGGACCGGAUCAUGAGGCCGGAGGGAAAGCUCAUCGUCCGCGAUGACAUGGCGACGGUCGAGGAGGUCCAGAGCAUCGCGAGGUCGUUGCACUGGGAGGUCAGGAUGACCGUGUCCAAGCAGGGGCAGGGGCUGCUCUGCGUCAGGAAGACGAUGUGGCGGCCCACGGAGGUCGAGGCUUUGAGCUAG